CUUACGCAGGAAAUGAAAUGAAGAAAAAGUCGAUUCAUUUGUUCUUCUUCUUACUCGUAAAGUAUCUCUGAUUCUCGAUCCAGAUCCUCCGCUUGCUUAUCUCGAUCGAUUUCGAGUAUUGAUUCCGUUGAUUUUCCUGGGGAUUUUGUUUGAUUAGUCUCUGUUCAGUGUUGAUUGGAUCAUCAUAAAGGUCUUUCCUUUAUAGGGUUCAGAGGUUGGUAUGAGUGUUUCCGGAAGCUCUUUCUUCUGGGUUUCGAUUGGAAUGAGAGGAACUUGAUUGAAACAGAGUGUUAGUUUCGUUUGGUUGAGUAAAGCAAAAAAGAUGAGGUUUUGGAGGGAACGUGAGAGGGAAAGCAAAGAGCAGAUCUUAGCGCCAUUGUGUGGCCAAGUUCGAGUCUUGGUGGUUGGUGAUUCAGGUGUGGGGAAAACAUCACUUGUACACCUCAUCAACAAAGGCUCUUCUCUUCAACGCCCAUCUCAAACGAUUGGAUGUACAGUUGGUGUCAAGCACAUAACUUACGGGAGUCCAGGUAGUUCUUCGAGUAGCAUUCAAGGAGACUCAGAGCGAGACUUCUUUGUCGAGCUCUGGGAUGUAUCAGGUCAUGAUAGAUACAAAGAUUGCCGCUCUCUCUUCUAUUCCCAAAUCAAUGGAGUUAUAUUUGUUCAUGAUCUCUCUCAGAGAAGAACGAAAACAAGCUUGCAGAAAUGGGCUUCUGAGGUUGCAGCUACAGGGACAUUCUCAGCUCCUCUUCCUUCUGGAGGAGGUCCUGGUGGUCUUCCCGUUCCCUACAUUGUCGUUGGAAACAAAGCGGAUAUCGCUGCGAAAGAAGGAACGAAAGGAAGCAGUGGGAACCUUGUUGAUGCGGCUCGUCAUUGGGUUGAGAAGCAAGGUUUGCUUUCCUCAAGCGAAGAUCUUCCUCUCUUUGAUAGCUUCCCUGGUAAUGCCGGUCUCAUAGCGGCUGCUAAAGAGACUAGAUACGAUAAGGAAGCUCUGAACAAGUUUUUCCGGAUGUUGAUAAGAAGAAGAUAUUUCUCAGAUGAACAACCAGCAGCAGCUUCACCGUGGUCUAUCCCAACCUCAUCAUCCCAACGGUUAGACGAGAUUACAAGUGAUGAAGAUCAGUUUUACAAGAGAACAAGUUUUCAUGGAGAUCCUUACAAGUACAACAACACUACACUCUAUCCGCAUCAGCCAGUGUCGACACAUGAUAACUACGUUGUACCACCGAGGUUCUCUCUUUCGAGUGUACAAGACACAAGUAACAAUGGUAGUGGUUAGUAGAUCUAAGCGAAUGGAUAUUAAUGUUUGAUAUCUCUUAUCAUUUGCAAGAAAACUAAUGUUGCUUUUUGGAUCUGUUUAUUCUUUUUUGUUAUUGUUCCCAUUUGGUUUCUUCUUUCUUUCUUUGUGAUUGUUUGUAGGUGGUAAAGUGAAUAUGUGUGUGUAACCAAAAACCCUCUUUGGAUUUGUUCUUAUAAUUAAAAUCCAAUUCUUUGACUGUGUU